CUGAAUGAUUCUGUCGCACAAGUAUGACGAUUUAUUCACUUUAAUAACGUAGGAGCUCCUAAAUGUCGAUUGCAAUGUUCUUGCGAUAUUAGUCCAAAGGAGAACAAGCAAUAUCCAGGCAAUACCUACAACGGAAAUGUCUUCGCUAUGUGACACAAGCAAUGGAGAGAGUCAUGCUGAUCCAUGCCAGGAUAAGGAACAUCCACGGAUGCUCAUCCCAGAAUUGUGUCGGCUGUUCUAUCAGCUGGGCUGGGUGACGGGAACAGGCGGAGGGAUAAGUGUGCGCCAUGGAGACCAGAUUUACAUUGCUCCUUCAGGGGUCCAGAAGGAAAGAAUACAGCCAGAAGACAUGUUUGUUUGUGAUGUGGCGGAAAGAGACAUCAGUUCCCCUCCAGCCUGGAAAAAGCUGAGAAAGAGCCAAUGCACCCCUCUGUUUAUGAAUGCCUACACAAUGAGAGCUGCCCAGGCUGUCAUACACACCCACUCUAAGGCUGCUGUCAUGGCAACAUUGCUGUAUCCUGGCAAGGAAUUCCGGAUAACUCACCAGGAAAUGAUAAAGGGAAUUCGUAAGGGCAACUCCGGCACCAACUACAGAUACAAUGACACACUGGUGGUGCCAAUCAUUGAGAAUACCCCAGAGGAGCAAGACCUGAAGGAGCGUAUGGCACGAGCAAUGGAAGAAUAUCCUGAAGCUUGUGCAGUCCUGGUCCGUCGUCAUGGCGUCUACGUGUGGGGAGAAACCUGGGAGAAAGCCAAGACAAUGUGUGAGUGCUACGACUAUCUUUUUGACAUCGCUGUCCAAAUGAAACAGUGUGGACUUGAUCCUUCUGCGGUCCCCUCAGAAGAGAAUGACAUUGUUUGACGGUAGACAUGACAACUGGUGCAUGAUAAAUAUUUGGGGCUUUAAUAGAUCUUUGUAAAGCAAUGCAGAUUUAUGGUUGUUAGGUUGGGAAGUUUGGUAUCAUAUGAUUACGUAGCCUAACUGCUCGUAAUUGAUUUGCCUUUUACUGUUCCUAUUGGUGUGUGACAACUACAACACUUUCUCAUGCUAGUUGUGUCAGCAUGUUGGUGGGUUUCUUUGGUCCAACUGUUAUUGACAAGAUCUUUGGUUCAGAAGAAAGGCUGUGUCUGCUUUUCUUCCAGCCCAGAACUUGGAUACUUUUAAAAGUUGAGAUAUUUGAUCCACAACUUUAUAGGACACACAAGUAUUCAUAUUUACUCAUCCCAUAUUGUAACCCCUGUAAAAGUACCACUUAAGUCACACUAAACACUUUGUUAUUUUAUAAAUGUAUGGAAAAAUCAUAAAUAGGCAGUCAAAUAAAUAAACCUAUUCUCCUAAAGUGUAUCAUUGUUUGCCAGAAGGAACUGUAUUGCAUGGUUGGGUGGAUUUUCACUUUUAAAAGAUAGGCAUUGUGUGUUUUCUAUGUGAUGCUCGUCUGUUUUAAAAUAAUACCAAGCUUAUUACCCAAACUGUCAGCGAUCCCUUGUCAAACACAGAUCAUUGGUAAUUAUGCAGUGAAUCAGAUGAUGAAGAAAAUGUUAAUUUGCUAAGCUUUAUAAAUCAACAGAAAGAUGUGUGACAGCCUAAGAGCUUUUUAAACAAUGAGUUAUGCCCCAGUGUUAUGGCAUCCACAUCUCAUGGGAAAAGGAACACUCAAUGCUAAGCCAUAAUUUUCUCUAUUGAUCAUGAAGUAAAUAUGUUUGAUUUUUAAGUUAAUAAAAGCUUUGUGACAUGCUCAA